AUGGGUUUGGAAGAAGCUGCUCCAGCUGAGACCAUUAGCCAAACAGGCGAAGUAAUUGGUGAGCGUGGAACUCAGAAGCUUGGCAUUGUACGCAACACAAAGAUUGCUGAUGUUUUAGCAGAAGAUCAAUGGAGAUUUCGGAACUCAAGAGAUAGCAGUAUAGAGAAAGUGCUUGCGCAGGUAAAGGCAAACCCGCUAACAUUGACGCCAAACGCAGAUGAUGUUGUGAAAUGGAAGCGAGGAGAUGUAGCGUAUGUGUCGGAAUUCUCAGCAUACAACACUUGGAACAUAGUUCACACCCAAAAUAUUAAGGUACCCUGGGCGAAGUUGAUUUGGUUCAAACAAGGUGUGCCACGGUUUGCCUUUGUAACUUGGCUAGCUGUUAAGGAUAGGCUCUCUACUGGAUCUAGAAUGAGAGCUUGGGGAUUAUUGGCUCCUUACUCCGACCGACGACAUCACCAGACUAGGCUGAGAUUCUGGGUCGCAUUCUUCACUCAGCACAUGAUAGGCUCACUUCUAUUCUCCUGA